AUGGAGUUCCUCCAAGGCUGUCUCUACCUAUUCCUGCUCCAGGCAACCGUCUCAGCCGCGUUCCCUUAUCUCAACGCCUCUCAACCACUAUCUUAUAGGGAUAUAUUAAUAAAUGGAAACCAAUACCAUCCACAAGCACCCGCGCGAGACCCAACAUGCAAUCACUCGGAUUAUGAAAAAAUCGAUUGCCCUGCUCCGUCCAUCUGCUAUCACCAAAGAGGUGGCGCGCCAGCCUGCUGCCCGCCGGAUACAAACUGUGAUCCACCGUGGAUACGCGAUCCUCUAGGCCCAGCUCUAGGCCCAUCACCUUCUCAGCCUGGGGCACCGGCUGCACAAUCACCAGCAGACUCAACUUCCCAAUCUAAUCAAGCCAAUGGAAGUGGGAAUGCAGGAGUAGGUGUCAGUGGGAGUUCACGUGCAGAGAAUCAUAACUCGAAUAAUUUCAAUGUGAGCGUCAAAAAUAUCGGAACGAGUGUGUUGAAAAAGAGCCUUGGUGGCCUUUGGUCUGUACCAUUUCUUGCAGUGACGGUUUUGGCUAUAUUAUGA